GCAAGGGUAUACAUGUGAAAUGGCUAUAUGUUCUGUUUUCCAAUUAUGUGCUUUAAGUAAUGCUUGCAAAAAUAUUGUGUAACAAAGCAUGAGCAAACUUAAAAGUCAACAUUUGUAUCAUUCUAUAGAGAUUUAUUUCUUGUAGGCAUUAAAAUGAGCGCUUCUGCACGAUAUCUCGGGGAGAGAGUCAAUGUCAGGCCGCACUAUGCAAAUGAUCACUUUCUGCAAGAAGUCGGAGUUGUUUCUGCGUGUAAGUUUGAGGAUGGUCAUCACCUUGACAACGUGAUAGUAGAUGAAUCUCAACUUAUUGAACGCGUUAAACUUUCUUCUAGUGAAAUAGAAGAAAAACAUAUUAGAUUAAGUGUUGAUUUAAGCGAAGAUGUGUUUUAUUCAACUGCUGGAGUGUCAGAUGACUUUGAAAAUGGAAGUCGGGGCGGAUCUGCAAACAUUGAAGACGAGAUAAAUCAGAAGGACCCCGAAGAUAUUGUUUUAACUCUGAAUCCAGAUACUGACGACACCGCUAUGUUUUAUGAAACACAAACAGACGAAACAACGUUGAUCAGAUUCGCAAAAUUAGCAGACGACAGCCGAAGUGAAGCAAGUAAAUGUAGCGGUAAACUUAUACAUGAUAUCAUAUGCGCUAACGGCCCAGAGACGCAGCUUUUUGUGAGAAAUAUAGGUGAAGAAGCAGACGGCUUAAGGUCUCCGGUUAAUUCCAUAAAUGACGAUGCUGAAUCCGAGGAAUUAAAGAACCAGCUAUCGAUGCUUUAUAAUCACCAGGAAAAGAUCAGUAAGGCAGCUGAAGGAGCAAAGAAGCAGAUCAAACUAUACAAGUCUGAACAAAGUACUCACGUGACAAAACAGACGCCAAACAGAGCAGACAAACACGGUGUUGUAGACGAAGAUCCUAUAGACAAUGACUUCCAGAGACUCAUUGUUGAAGUCGUAAAGCAUUUGCAAGACUGUGAUCUCGAUGAAAUCCUUUCAAUGUUUGCAGGCAGUGGUAUUCUUGAAAUGACUGGUCUGGUUCCACCUCCACAACUUAUGGAAAUUCUUCAGAAACAUCGUCUGGUUAGCCGAGAUAACCUUCAUCAUCUGCAAGAACUCAUCAUGCGUCUGGAUGAUACAGAUCUGUUUGUUAAAGCAGUACAAUACACAAGACAUCAUCAUGAUAUAGUUUUCUUCUAUCAAGACAAGGAUGUUCCAACUAAAGGUUUUGGAAAGAUCCAGUGUUUUAUAAGUGGGCGGGACUUUACAAGACUGACAAGAGAGGACUUGGAGCUUGUGCGCUUUAAGACAGCCAGCGUGAUAUUUGUGCCUGCACAUUUUGUGUACAUAGUCGGGAUUGAACCUGGACAGAGGGUUGUAGUUACACUAAUGUUACAGGAGAGAUAUGUUCAAGAAAUUUCCGAGAUGGCCAAGGAAGGGUUGCCGGAACUUAGUCUUGCUAAUGUAGAUGCUGUACAAAUCUAUGGCAAAACGUACAGUACUGUAGGUACAACUGCGAUUGAAAGGUAUCGCGACAACGGUCAUGCUUCUUUUCUUAGCGUUUAUCAACAGCUCCGAGACAAAUCCAAACAUUUAGAAGAGCGAGAUGCAGAAGUUACAAAGCUUAGAGAGGAAGCAGAGAUGAUGCAAUUAGAGCUUGAGACCAUGGGAGCAGAACUUCAAAUGCUGACAGAAAAGGCAGUGUGGGAAUCGGUUGCUAGGCACCACAUCCGCCAUAGACCGGCGAAUAAACAUUCUAGAACCCGAUCAUUACCGUUAAGUAACAGAGAAGAACCGAGUGACAAACAAUUCACUCGGGCUUUGGAAUCGGCAGUAAUUGCAAAGGCGAAACCAUGCUUUGCUUUUGACAUGGCCAAGAGUAACAGCAAAAUGGACAAAAUGGCUCUUAGUAACCAAGGUCAAGGUAUGUCAACAGUUGUGAAAAGGUCAAGCAUAAAGACACAAGAAACAUUUCAACAGACAAAUGAUCUCAUGAGCGAAAUUGAAUGUAUUUUAAAUGAACUAAAUUCAGCCAAUGCCGAGUUGCUAUAGUAUCAAUAUUCAUUAAAGCGAGGUCUACGAGAGAAUGUUAUUUUUGAUGUUUGUAAUGAAAACAAUCUAAAAAAAAAUUUCGGAAAAUGUCACUUCAAGCUUAAUCUCAUAUCGGGAAAAGGAUCUCAUUCCGUGAAAUGUGGUUCAUUUAUAAUACUGGUAGUGACUUGGACUCGGUCACUUUUUUGUUUUGUUAUUCAACGUUUAAACUCUUAGAAAGAAAAACAAUUUAAAUACAAUUUUUACUUUUUAGAAUUGUUCACGUUGCAAUGAUGUUCGUCUUUGAUCACGGGCUAUCAUGUUCUUGAUUUGAUUAAUUUACACAUUAUAUAUAACCUCAGAAAUGUCAUUUUGUUACGAUUUCUGGAAUUGUCAAAUGGUUAUGUCUACAUGCUAACAUAAGAGUAUCUGAACUUCAGUUAGAUUUACCACGGACUUUAACUGCCAUCUACCUUCAAUUCAAAUUCCGAGUUUCCAGCUUGGUCGCAGCCAAUUCUGGAUAAUAUUUAGCUAAGCAAGCAGGCACUGUGAACUCACUAUUAUAAAGUGUUCCGUUUUCCACUUUUUGCACAUGAUCCAUGUCUCAUUCUGAUAUAUCACAUAUUUUUGCAUGGAAAGCACUAGGUAUAUUGCAUGUAUAUACUUUUGUCUGCAAUUUUAUCUUUGCCAACAUGUACUCAUAUUUUAUUAAUUGUGUUCUUGUACCCUUCUAGUAGGGAAAAAUAAAUAUUAAA